UGAAUAUGGUGUUUGGAGGGCAGGAUGGAAAACACGUGUGAGGUGUGGAAACCGGCACAGUAGAGCGUAGUGACGGCUCAGACUGCGGCCGAUGCCCCGAAACACGCUGACCCUCGACCCUGCGAUGCCCACCGAGCUGCUGAAAGACACCAUGACGAUCCCCGGAGCUCCUGAGCGAAUGCUGCAAGAGAAAACCAACAAUAAUGAGCCUCCUCAACUGCAGCUGCUGGCCGUCACCAUUCCCCUGGUCAACGAGGGGCAGCUGACGGCGGCCACCGGCGGAGCUGAGCUGUCCUGCUACCGCUGCACCGUGCCGUUCGGAGUGGUGGUCCUGAUUGCAGGGAUCGUGGUGACGGCCGUCGCGUACAGCUUCAACUCGCACGGCUCCACCAUAUCAUACUUCGGACUGGUGCUGCUCUCAGCCGGGCUGGUGCUGCUUGUGCUGAGCGCCGUUUGCUGGAAGGUGUGGAUGGAGAGAAAGAAAGAGAGGAGACGAGAGAGUCAGACGGCACUGGUGGCCCAUCAGAGGAGCAUCUUUGCCUGAUUCGACACAAGCAUGAACUCAGAAACCUUCAUGAUGAACGAGUCAAUGCGACAGCCAGAUGUUUUGCCUCAGGUCGGACCAUAGACUGUAAAAAAAGAUGGACAACUCAUUUCCGCUUCCUUCCACUGUAGAAAAGAGAAGUCAAACAGAGAUUGUCUUACUAGAGAGAUGAGAGGGUCUGUAUUACUUACUAUUGCAGAAAGCGUAACGGCUAAUCAGAAUGAAUGAGAAGUGUUGUAAGCUGCAUCCCACCUGUCACAAAAAGUCAAUGACUUUUAUGAAAAUUAUGAUUCAAAGCAUCAUGUUCGGGACAAUGUCCAGAUAACUGGCCUCAGGGGGUGACGAGACCCCAUUUUUAAUAGCAUCAAGUAACUAACUAAAAACAAACUUUGUGGAAAAACGAAUGCUUAAACAUGCAUCAGAGUGAAAAGACGGAAACCAUCUUUGAUCGGCUUGAUUUUGCUUGCGUUCCAUUGGUUUACAUGGAAAGGGUGGGGUUUAAAGCUCUACUGCAGCCAGCCACCAGAGGCGAUUGAGAAAGAAAGAGAGAAAACGAGAGAGUCAAACGGCACUGAUGGCCCAUCAGAGGAGCAUCUUCUCCUGAUUUGACACAAGCACGAACUCCGAAACCUUCAUGAUGAACAAAUCAAAGCGUCAUGUUUUGGCUUCACUUUUCAGGAUGUGUGUGGCACACUUGGGUGAGACAAACUGAACGCUGUCAGAGAAGACUGAAUUACAGUAUUCCACGAAUGGCUCUUAGAAUGAGAAUUCCGGACAGUUAAUCGAGACAGACUCACAGCUGCAUGUGUCCAGAUGUCGAGAUACAGCUGCACUGCAAAAAAUAAUCUGCUUAACUCUCAAGUUCUAAUGUUUACUUUCUCAAGCAUCCCUUUUGCUACUUCUCAAACAUCGGGUUUGAGGCUUGUUUAUAUCGCUGACACUGCAGUUUGUAACUCGCCAUGCAUCCCAUAAAUCAACAAAUUCCCAGUACACCUUAGCCACCAACCUGGCAACACACAAAAACACUCAAAACACCCCGAAAACAAAGCAGUGUCUAAGAAAGCACUUAGAACCACUUAACAACAAAUCCCUAGCAACUGCAUUGUAACUCCCUAGCAAAUGGAAAAGCAACGCUGCAAAAAAAGUUCUUACAAUUUUGGUCUCGUUUUUGUUCGUUAGUUUAUUAUUAAAACAAGAAAAGAGAUCUGUCAA